AUGGGCGGUGCUCUCGGCGGCAAUGCCGCGUACGAUGCAGCGUUGGAGCGGCGACAGGCGCUCAUGGGAGCCAGCGGCGCCAGAGCUCUUGUCAAGAACUUCAAGGUGGCCCGCAUCGCAGCUUUUGCGUGCAUCGGAGGCGUUCUUUACGGCUAUAAUCAGGGCAUGUUCUCGGGAAUAUUGGCUAUGCCAUCUUUUGGGAAACAUAUGGAUGGCUACAUCGAUAAUCCUACUCUCAAAGGCUGGUUGACUGCGAUCCUGGAACUCGGUGCUUGGUUUGGCACCCUGCUUUCUGGUUUUGUGGCUGAAGUCUUCUCGCGAAAGUAUGGUGUUCUGGUUGCGACCGCGGUCUUUAUGCUCGGAGUCAUCAUCCAGAUCACUUCAAUUACUGGCGGCCACGAAUCAAUUCUGGCAGGUCGGGGUAUGGGCGUAGGAAGUCUUUCAAUGAUUGUGCCGCUGUACAAUUCAGAGUGUGCACCUCCUGAGGUCCGCGGAGCCCUUGUUGCCUUGCAGCAGCUCGCUAUCACGUUUGGAAUCAUGAUCAGUUUCUGGAUCGACUAUGGGUGCAAUUACAUUGGAGGGACAGAAGAGGAGACUCAAUCAGACGCUGCCUGGCUGGUUCCAAUCUGCCUUCAGCUCGGACCGGCCAUUGACGAGGCCCGAGACGUCCUUGCCAACCUCCGAGACCUACCCCACGAUCACGAACUCAUUCAGCUCGAGUUCCUUGAGAUCAAGGCACAGUCCUUGUUCGAAAAGCGAAGCAUCGCCGAGCACUUUCCUCACCUGCAAGAACAAACGGCGUGGAACAUUUUCAAGCUGCAAUUUGUCUCCAUUAAGAGCUUGUUCACAUCUAGAGCCAUGUUCAAACGGGUCAUAGUCGCUUGCCUCGUUAUGCUGUUCCAACAGUGGUCUGGAAUCAAUGCUGUCCUUUACUAUGCUCCUCAGAUUUUUGAGCAGCUCGGCCUGAGUGAGAACACGACAAGCUUACUAGCGACCGGUGUCGUUGGUGUUGCCAUGUUCAUAGCUACGAUCCCGGCAGUCCUGUGGAUUGACCGAGUGGGACGGAAGCCGGUCCUGACCGUUGGGGCCAUCGGUAUGGGUACUUGCCACAUCAUCAUUGCGAUAAUUCUGGCCAAGAACAUCGACAAUUUCCAUAACGCUCCCGCGGCGGGCUGGGCUGCUGUCUGCAUGGUGUGGCUGUUCGUGAUCCACUUCGGCUAUUCUUGGGGACCAUGUGCUUGGAUCAUUGUUGCCGAAAUCUGGCCGCUGAGCACUCGUCCCUAUGGUGUGUCGCUGGGAGCUUCCAGUAACUGGAUGAAUAACUUCAUCGUCUGCAGUGUCGGCCAGGUCACCCCCGACAUGCUCGUGGGCAUCACGUACGGGACUUACAUAAUAUUUGGUCUUCUCAUAUAUACUGGCGCAGCAUUCGUCUGGUUCUUCGUUCCGGAGACCAAGCGGCUUUCGCUGGAGGAAAUGGACCUUGUCUUCGGCUCCGAGGGUACCGCCCAAGCGGACUUUGAGCGUAUGGCGGAGAUCAAUCGAGACAUUGGUCUUACGGCACUACUCGAGCGGGACCACUAUGGCUCGGCAGCUAUCGGCGAAGAGCUCGAGAAGCCGAAAAUCGACUCUGUCAAUCAUGUACGAGUGUAG